ACCUUAAGGUUGUGUUUAUUCAUGGCGUGCAGUCAUAACUUGAUUUUGUUUAUCUUUUUGUCAAGCUUGUGGAGUAGUUGCAAUGGUGCAAUGCACAUACUGGAACCAGGUGACUCUCUCGAUUCUUCAAGCUCCUUGGUUUCUGCAAAUGGGAAGUUCACUUUGAGUUUUCAUAGAUAUGAUGAUGCUGCAAGCUUGAGCUACCUAGUUUCGAAGUAUAAUGCGAGUCAUGAUUAUGCUUGGGUUGCAAAUAGAUACACUCCUGUUUUAUAUCCUUUUGGAAUUCUUACGUUGGACAGGAACAACACAUUGAAAAUCACUCAGAAAGAUGGUGAUCCUGUGGUGCUUUACUCUGCUGACUCAGGAACUAUCAUUGGUGAUGUUGUGGCUACUCUUAUGGAUGAUGGUAAUUUUGUGCUACAAGAAUUGAGCUCUGAUGGAUCGGCAAAGAGGGUUUUGUGGCAGAGUUUUGAUUAUCCAGGAGAUGUGCUUCUGCCAGGUAUGAAAUUAGGGGUUAACCGUAGUACUGGCCACAAUUGGUCACUCUCAUGCUGGUUAACUGAGAAAAGUGCAGUGCCAGGACCUUUCACUCUUGAUUGGGACCCUGAUGGAAAAGAAUUGCAAAUUAGGAGACGAGGGGUAGUUUAUUGGAGCAGUGGAGUCUUCAGAGAUGGGAGUUUGGAAAAUAUUAAGCAGAAGAGGUAUAAGUUCAGCAUUGUUUCAAAUGAGAAUGAAGACUAUUUCAGUUACUCUGCUGUUGAUCGAAAUGCUAGACCAGAAUGGCUGCUAACCACAAUAGGGAGACUAUAUGACUUUGAUGGAUCAAUGGAUAUUGCAAAAGCGGAUUCAUGUUAUGGAUAUAGCACUGAUGGAGGAUGCCAGAUUUGGGACCAGCCAACUGAGUGUAGGCGUUUUGGGGAUGUUUUUGAGCAAGAAAAUGGGUACUUCAAUCCGACUGGUUCCAGUGGUGCAAGUGUAACAUCUACCAGUGAUUCAAACACAAGUCUCAGUAUUAGUGAUUGUAAGGCUGCUUGUUGGGCAGAUUGUAACUGUCGUGGAUUCAUCUUUCUGAAUGCUAAUCAGACUGGAUGUCGGUAUUGGACUGGGAACUUGAAGUUCAUAGCAGACAGUGCAGGUUACAGUUCAAGUGUUGUUUACUUUUUAACAAAAAAAUCAGCCAGCAGCCGCUCACGUAAGUGGAUAUGGACUGGUGCUGCUAUUGUCACUGCUCUAUUGGUAAUGGUGCUUUGCAUAUUAUGCUGUCUAUUACGAAGAAAACUUAUCUUGUCAGGGGAGAACAAGAGAAAGAUUGAUGAGCAAAAACUACUUCGCUUAAGGGGAUCUGAUAUAUCAACUGAUGUCCACGGGAUUCAGCAUGAUGGAUCCAUGGGACAUGAUUUAAGAGCAUUUAGCUAUGAAUCUGUCAUGGCUGCCACGGACAACUUCUCCUUACAGAACAAGCUAGGAGAGGGGGGAUUUGGACCUGUUUAUAAGGGAAAAAUGCCGACUGGUCAAGUUAUAGCUGUAAAGACACUUUCAAGUUGUUCAGGGCAAGGGGAAGUAGAGUUUAAGAAUGAAUUGAUACUCAUAUCUGAACUCCAACAUACUAAUCUAGUUCAGCUUUUCGGAUUUUGCAUCCAUGGUAAAGAGAGGAUGCUGAUAUACGAGUAUAUGCCAAACAAGGGUCUGGACUGCAUUUUAUUUGAUUCAACAAGAUGCAUGCUACUAGAUUGGAAGAAGCGCUUCAAUAUAAUUGAAGGAAUCGCCCAAGGAUUGCUUUAUCUGCACAAGUACUCAAGAUUGAAAGUAAUUCAUAGAGAUCUUAAAGCAAGUAACAUACUACUUGAUGAAAAUAUGAACCCCAAAAUAUCUGAUUUUGGUACGGCAAGGAGUUUCAUGCUCAAUGAAGUUGAAGCAAAUACUGGGCGGAUUGUUGGGACACAUGGUUACAUGUCUCCCGAGUAUGCUAUGCAGGGAAUUUUUUCUGGAAAAUCUGAUGUUUUCAGUUUUGGAGUGUUGAUGCUUGAAAUCGCUUGGGAGUUAUGGCAAGAAGGUGCAGGACUGGAAUUGAUGGACACAACAUUAAGUGAUUCGUGUGUUGAAAAUCAAUUUUUAAGAUGCAUCCAUGUUGGUCUACUAUGUGUUGAAGAAGAUCCAGAACUUCGGCCAACCAUGUCAGAUGCCAUUUCUAUGUUGACAAAUGAAAGCCUGCCUUUACCUAUACCAACGAGACCGAUGGCUCGCGCUGCGGAUUUGAUUUGCUUGAUGUUUGUGUGGAGCUUGUGGAGUGCUGCUUGUAAUGGUGCAACAAACACAUUGAAACCAGGUGAUAGUUUAGUUUCUGAUAGUUCAUUAGUUUCUGCAAGUGGGAAGUUCACUAUGAAUUUUCGUGUUUAUGAUCAUGAGGCAAACUUGAGCUACUUAGUUAUAAAGUAUAAUGCGAGUCAUAACUAUGCUUGGGUUGGGAAUAGAGAAACACCGAUUCUGUACCCUUUUGGAGUUCUUACCUUGGACAGGAACAACACAUUGAAAAUUACUCACAGAGAUGGGGAUGCAGUGGUGCUUUACUCUGCUGAAUCAGGAACUGUCAGUGGUGAUGUUGUGGCUACUCUUACGGAUGAUGGCAAUUUUGUGCUACAAGAGUUGAGCUCUGAUGGAUCGGUGAAGAGGGUUUUGUGGCAGAGUUUCGACUAUCCUGGAGAUGUGCUUCUGCCAGGUAUGAAGUUAGGGGUUAACCGUAGUAAUGGCCAUAAUUGGUCACUCUCGUGCUGGUUAACUGAGAGAAGUGCAGUACCAGGACCUUUCACUCUUGAUUGGGACCCUGAUGGAAAACAAUUGAAAAUUAAGCGGCGUGGGGUGGUGUAUUGGAGUAGUGGAGUGUUUCGAGAUGGGAAUUUUGAAAAUAUUAAGCACAAGAGGUAUAAUUUUAGUAUUGUUUCAAAGGAGAAUGAAAACUAUUUCAGUUACUCUGCUGUAGAUGAAGAUGCUAUAUCAGAAUGGCUGCUCACCACAAUAGGGCGACUAAAAGACUUUGAUGGAUUACUUGAUAUUGCAAAAGCAGAUGACUGUUAUGGGUAUAACACUGAGGAAGGAUGCCAGAUUUGGGACCAGCCAACUAAGUGUGGGCGCUUUGGUAAUAUAUUUGAGCAAGAAAAUGGUUACUUCAAUCCGGCAGAUUCUAGUGGCUCUCCUACAACAUCAACAACAGAUCCAAAUACAAGUCUCAGCAUUAGUGAUUGUAAGGCUGCUUGUUGGGCAGAUUGUAACUGUUGUGGAUUUAUCUUUCUGAAUGCUAAUCAAACUGGAUGUCGGUAUUGGAUUGGAAACUUGAAAUUCGUUCCAGACAGCACGGGUUAUAGUUCACAGAUCGUAUAUUUUUUAACAACAAAGUCAGCCGAUAGCAGUUCACAUAAGUGGAUAUGGAUUGGCACUGCUAUUGGUACUUCUGUAUUUCUAAUGGUGUUUUGCAUCAUCUGCUGUCUAUUAAGAAGAAGAAAACUCUCCCUUUUUGGGAAGAACAAGGCAAAGAUCGAUGAGAAGGACCUGCUUGACUUGAGGGGAUAUGAUAUAUCAACUGAUGCCCACGGAAUUCAGAAUGAUGGAUCCAUGGGACAUGAUUUAAGAGCAUUUAGCUAUGAAUCUGUCACGGCUGCAACAGACUACUUCUCCUUUCAAAACAAGCUUGGAGAGGGGGGCUUUGGACCUGUUUAUAAGGGAAAAUUGGCAUCAGGGCGAGAAGUAGCUAUAAAGAGACUUUCAAGAGGUUCGGUGCAGGGGAUAUCGGAGUUUAAAAAUGAAUUGAUACUCAUAUCUGAACUCCAGCAUACUAACCUUGUUCAGCUGUUGGGAUAUUGCAUUCAUGGUGUAGAAAGGAUGUUAGUAUACGAGUAUCUUCCAAACAAAAGUUUAGACUACAUAUUAUUUGAUUCAACCAGAGGCAUGCUACUAGAUUGGAAUAGACGUUUCAAUAUAAUUGAAGGAAUCGCUCAGGGAUUGCUUUAUUUGCACAAAUACUCAAGAUUGAAAGUAAUACAUAGAGAUCUUAAAGCGAGUAACAUACUACUUGAUGAAGAUAUGAAUCCCAAAAUUUCUGAUUUUGGUAUGGCAAGGAUUUUCACAGUUAAUGAAGUUGAAGCAAAUACUAAUCGGAUUGUUGGGACGUAUGGUUACAUGUCACCUGAGUAUGCUAUGGAGGGCAUUUUUUCGGGAAAAUCUGAUGUCUUUAGUUUUGGAGUGUUGAUGCUUGAAAUCAUAAGUGGUAGGAGAAACAACAGCUUUCACAAUGCUCACCGCGCGCUCAAUUUAGUAGGAUAUACAUGGGAGCUAUGGAAAGAAGGUGCAGGACUAGAUUUAAUGGAUCCAAGGCUAAGCGGUUCGUGUAAUGAAGAUCAAUUGCUAAGAUGCAUACAUGUUGGUCUUUUAUGUGUGGAAGAAGAUGCAGACCAUCGCCCAACCAUGUCAGAUGCCAUAUCAAUGUUGACCAAUGAAAGUUUGCCAUUACCUACACCAACAAAGCCAGCAUUUUUUCCAGUAAGACAUGUGGCUGAAACUGAUGCAAGUGGGAGCAAAUCAGAAAUUUCCUCAACUGACUUCACAAACUCCUUUGUUAUGGGCCGAUGAAGGCAUUAACAUAUGUUUGGUGUGCCUCAGAAUUAUACUUACAUGAAUGUGACUGUACUUAGUUUAGAAAAGUAACUUGCUGGAAAAUCAUAUUUUGCUUGUGGAAGUAGGUGGCUAAACUGCCAAGUUAUCCUGGCUGAGUUGGAACAACUGGGGAUUUCUUUGUGAUUGUGUUCCCCUAAAGUUUCUUAUACAUUAACACAUAUCUUCUCUUAAGUGUAGUUUGUAACUUAUGUAACAGGUAAUUGACAAUUAUUAUUAUACUUGGUGUAUAUAAUAUGUACAAGCUUCCUAUGAUUAACAUUUUCA